CCAUAUAGGCGACUGACGUCAGGCCGUUUGUUGUCAUUGGCGGCUCCCAAGAUGGCGUCCAUCGUGGAAGGGCCGCUGAGCAAAUGGACUAACGUGAUGAAGGGAUGGCAGUAUCGAUGGUUCGUGCUGGACUACAAUGCAGGGCUACUCUCCUACUACACGUCCAAGGACAAAAUGAUGAGAGGCUCUCGAAGAGGAUGCGUUAGACUCAGAGGAGCUGUGAUUGGUAUAGACGACGAGGACGACAGCACCUUCACAAUCACUGUUGAUCAGAAAACCUUCCACUUCCAGGCUCGAGAUGCUGACGAGCGAGAGAAGUGGAUCCAUGCCUUAGAAGAAACCAUUCUUCGCCAUACUCUUCAGCUUCAAAUCAGUACCACACUUGCUUUUUUCCAGUCUUCUGGUAUCUCUCCAGUUCUUGAAUUUUCAAAAAUAAUUGGUUUGGAUUCAGGAUUCGUUCCUAGUGUCCAAGACUUUGAUAAGAAACUUACCGAGGCUGACGCUUACCUGCAGAUCUUGAUAGAACAACUAAAGCUUUUUGAUGACAAGCUUCAAAAUUGUAAAGAUGAUGAACAGAGAAAGAAAGUUGAAACUCUCAAAGACACAACAAAUAGCAUGGUAGAAUCAAUUAAACACUGCAUUGUGUUGCUACAGAUUGCUAAAAGUACUAUUAAUCCUGUAGAUGCAAUAUACCAGCCUAGUCCCUUGGAACCUGUGGUCAGCACAAUGCCUUCCCAGACUGUCUUACCUCCAGAACCCGCUCAGUUGUGUAAGUCAGAGCAGCGUCCUUCUUCCUUACCUGUUGGGCCUGUGUUAGCUGCCUUGGGACAUCAUCAGACUCCAACACCAAAUAGUACAGGCAGUGGGAAUUCACCACCUAGCAGCAGUCUAACUCCUCCCAGCCAUGUCAACUUGUCUCCAAAUACAGUCCCAGAGUUCUCUUACUCUAGCAGUGAAGACGAGUUCUACGAUGCUGAUGAAUUCCAUCAAAGUGGUUCAUCCCCAAAGCGCUUAAUAGAUUCUUCUGGAUCUGCCUCAGCCUUGACACACAGCAGCUCUGGAAAUAGCUUAAAACGCCCAGACACCACAGAGUCACUGAAUUCCUCCAUGUCCAAUGGCACAAGUGAUGCUGAUCUCUUUGACUCACAUGAUGACAGAGAUGAUGAUGGGGAGGCAGGGUCAGUGGAGGAGCACAAGAGCGUUAUCAUGCACCUCUUAUCACAAGUCAGGCUUGGGAUGGACCUCACAAAGGUAGUUCUUCCAACAUUUAUUCUCGAGAGAAGAUCUCUGUUAGAAAUGUACGCAGACUUUUUCGCACAUCCAGACCUGUUCGUGAGCAUUAGUGAUCAGAAGGAUCCCAGGGACCGAAUGGUUCAGGUUGUGAAAUGGUACCUCUCAGCCUUCCACGCAGGAAGGAGAGGAUCGGUGGCCAAAAAGCCGUACAAUCCUAUUUUGGGUGAGAUCUUUCAGUGUCACUGGACAUUGCCGAAUGAUACUGAAGAGAACGCAGAGCUCGUUUCAGAGGGGCCGGUUCCUUGGGUUUCUAAGAACAGUGUAACAUUUGUGGCUGAGCAAGUUUCCCAUCAUCCGCCCAUUUCAGCCUUUUAUGCUGAGUGUUUUAACAAGAAGAUACAAUUCAAUGCUCAUAUCUGGACUAAAUCAAAAUUCCUUGGGAUGUCCAUUGGGGUACACAACAUAGGUCAGGGCUGUGUCUCGUGUCUGGAGUACGAUGAACACUACAUUCUCACAUUCCCCAAUGGCUACGGAAGGUCUAUCCUCACAGUGCCCUGGGUGGAAUUAGGAGGAGAAUGCAAUAUUAACUGCUCCAAAACGGGUUACAGUGCAAAUAUCGUCUUCCACACUAAGCCUUUCUAUGGGGGCAAGAAGCACAGAAUUACUGCAGAGAUUUUUUCUCCAAAUGACAAGAAGUCCUUCUGCUCAAUUGAAGGGGAAUGGAAUGGUAUCAUGUAUGCAAAAUAUGCAACAGGGGAAAACACUGUCUUUGUAGACACCAAGAAGUUGCCUAUAAUCAAGAAAAAGGUGAGGAAGUUGGAAGAUCAGAACGAGUAUGAAUCCCGCAGCCUUUGGAAGGAUGUCACUUUCAAUUUAAAAAUCAGAGACAUUGAUGCAGCAACGGAAGCAAAGCACAGACUUGAAGAAAGACAAAGGGCAGAAGCCAGAGAAAGAAAGGAGAAGGAAGUUCAGUGGGAGACAAGGCUCUUUCACGAAGACGGAGAAUGCUGGGUUUACGAUGACCCCUUACUGAAGCGUCUUGGUGCUGUGAAGCAUUAGGCUGGCAACUGAAUUCACACCUGGUGACCAGGGCAGUAGGCGUAACUAAGCAACAAUCAAUCUUCCUUCAGGAGAACUUGUCUCUUCCUUCUUAAUGCAGUGGUUCCUAUCUCAGGGAUACUGGACUUGCCGACACAGAUGAACAAUUAAAGUGGAAAACGCUUCCCUUUUCUCCUCUGUGGCAGUUACAAUUUUGACUUCAGUCCUGAGAAAAACUUCAGGUCUCAAAACAUGACGUCUCUUCCUCUUCCAGAUCCCGUGCUUUGAGAAAUAUUUACAGACAGUCCCAGGCCUCAGCAUCCUGUCCUCCAGUUCUGCUCUUCAGGCAUAAAAAUCUUUAUCUCCUAGUUCAUAUAAUCUUGAAUUCUAGAUAUACACACACAUAAACAGCAGCUGACAGUUUUCACAAGUACUCCCACCUGUAAAUACUGUUUCCUCAGAGUUGUUUUAGAAAAUUAGUGCAAUGUAUGAAAAUCAAGUGUUAGGAAAUUUCCUGGUUUCACCUAUAACCUUUAUUUUAGAAUUGAACUAUAUGAUUAGAUUGUAUCUAAACCUGAAGUAUAAUUAUAUGCAGUGCUUCUUAAGGCUUCAUAAAAUAAUUUUCCAACCUUUUUAAAAAUAUGUUUCUUUGAUUGUUUUAAGACCAACCUGUGAGGCCUGGCUCUCCCCACUGGAGCCUCCUCCACCUCUCCUGCACAUGCAGCCCGUCCUGGAGUGCCUUACUGCCUCACAGGGCUGGAGGACUACACUUUCCCCCACUCCAACCCCCAAGAAAGCCACGGCAGAUGGCUUGAUCUGAAGGGAAAUACAGAAUUAUGUUUAUUUUAAAAUACAUUAAAGAACAAAACCAGGGCAGUUUGGUGCUAUUAAUUAACAAAUUAAUUAUAUAUAAGCACACAAGAACUGGGUUCUCCUCAGAGGACACAGGCCAGGGGCCCCUGCGUUGUUGACACAAGUGUUGAGGUCACACUUGGCUUCUAUCUCAUUGCCAUCCAGUGCAGUAACUCUGGGUUAGUCUUGUAGAAGAAGGGUAAAAGUAAAUCAAAUUCUAGGUUGCCAUCGCAAAACUCCAACGGAAGCCCUAAGGCAGAAGUGUAACUCCAUAAAAUGCACACACGUCUUUACACACGUCAUUUCAGGCCAAUGAGACUGCAGUUUAUUUGACUAUUUUAUGGUAGGGGUAGAGGCUGAGUGUUGCUGUGAAGGCCCUGAUGUCAGUAAUGGGGAUGGUGGAUUCUGCCAGGAGAGGAGAGGGUGGCAGGUAGGUUAGCUGCAUCCCUUCACAAGAAUUUGAAUCCUCACCAGAAGGGGCACCAUCCUCAUCCAGUUCAUACUUCCCAUAUCCAACAACCUGAAAGAGGCCAAAGAUGCAGGUGAGAAGUUUGCCAGCUGGAUGUGAGCAGGGCUGCAGACGGUUGGCCAUACUCACAUGAACACUGAGCAUUUUACUUCCAGGUCCUCUGUGAUCCUUGAACCAACUGACCAGGUCUGACUUUGAGAAAGACUUCAGUGCUUCAAUCUUGCCGAGGAAGAGAAGGUGGUAGAGACACAGAUGUGAGAGCAUCAUCGCAGGCGGAAGUCCACCCUCCCAUCCCCAGCACCUAAGUUAUCUCACUUGGCUUGUCUCAACCUGCCCCUACCCUUCCACAGAAAGGACAGAGAUCCUUAGUGACAGGCCUUUGUACUUCCUCACAACUGUUUAGCGAAGUUGUGAUUACAGUUGAGCAGCCCAGCCUCACAUGUCACAGGGCCACUGCACAGCCCAGCCUCACAUGUCAUCACAUGUCACAGGGCCACUGCACAGUCCAGCGACUGUUGGCACCUCACAGAGUGGACGAGAAGACCAAAGUGCUUUUGUGGUGGUCUUAUUUUAGAUUUCAGCUACAAGUUGCCAAAUAAAAGACAAACAUGGACACAUGGCCUAGGCUUCUCCUCCAAUCAGAAGCCUUCCCCAGUCCUUCGGGACUGUCUGGUCUGAGAAACCGUUACCUCAUGGGCAAGGCGGUCAAAGAGAUACUGCUGUGUCACCACUUCAUUCCAGUUCCUGUCCACCUCCUCCCCAAGGUGGGUGUCCUCACACUCUUUCAACUUGAUCAGAGCUGUGACCUGUCAAACACAUGUGCAGCCAUGACGUCACACCAAGUCAGAACCAACAGCUUGAGACAGACAUACCUCUGUGUGUGUGUGUGCAAGUGCACACAUUAUGUUUAGAGAAACAUUUGGUUAAAUGCACUGUGAACACCCUGGCCAUUGUGCAAAUCAUGGUAUUGACUAGCUCUGGUAUCCUGAAGGCUUACAAAGACUGGGUAAUAGUCACCUGAGUAUUGAAUGCAUCUUCUGUGAGGUUCUCAAUCUUCUCCUCAAAGCUGGAAAGAAAUUCUUCUAUCUUCUUGUCAACAGUUUCAGAGCUGAAACAAUUUGGGUAAAAGCCAAAGGAAUUCAGCCUCCCUCAGCAUAAAGGCUGAAAGUUUUCUACCCUAAGCCAGGAGAGCAAAGACAAAUGUGGAAGAACUGUACCUGCAACCUUCAGCCUCACUUCCUAGUACCCACACAGUUAGAGGAUCUGUGUUUGGUUUUUAAGAUUUAUUCAUAUGUGUAUUCGCUCACAUGUCUGCCUGAUGACCACAGAGUUCAGAAGGCAUUGGAUGUCUUAGAAUUGGAGGUAUACAAAGUUGUGAACUGCCAUGUGGAUGACAGAAAUCUAAUAAGAGUAAGUAUAAGAACAAGUACUCUUAACUACUGAGCCACCUGGUGGUUCUGAGGCUUAAGACAGUCAUGUAGCCCCUGGGCUGGCCUUGACUUCUUCAUCCUCCUAACUGCCUCCCAGUGCUCUCAUGUCUGGCUUUAUGUGAUACUGGGACUCCAACCCAGGGCUUUGCAUUCGGUGAGGAGCUACAUUAUCAGUCCUACAUCCUUUUCCUCUAGUCUCUCUGAAAUCAAACAUUGGUAAUCCCUGAAAAGUAACCUAUACAAUUUGAGACAUACCCUAUGUGACUAGUAAAGCCUCUGAUUAAUCCUAGA